AUGACGACCACUGUGCCUAAAGUGUUUGCCUUCCAUGAGUUUUCCGGGGUGGCAGAGGCCGUGGCCGAUUACGUAGUGUACGCGCAGAACGGGGCACUAUUGCCCAAGGAGAGGAGGCCCUCGAACGUGUCCCUGGCAGCUAGCAAUUACGACUCGAGCGACAUGCAGCGUGUGCUCUCGACGAAGAGCAUGUCGUCUGCUAGGGAGAAGAAGGAUCGUCCAAAGAAGGAGCAACGGUUUAAGAUUGCCAUCUCCGGUGGGUCGCUUAUUCAGGUGCUCCACGAGGGGCUGCUGAGCAGAACCGACGUGCAGUGGGGCAAGUGGGAUAUAUACUUUGCUGACGAACGGCUCGUGCCCUUUGAAUCGGACCAGAGUAACUACGGGCAAGCCAAGAGGAAAAUAUUUGACCUUAUUGACACGGAGAAGUACGGUACGCCAAACAUCUACCACAUUGACGAAUCCCUGAUCGAUGACCCACAGGAGUGCGCAGACAGUUACGAGAAAGUACUCAUUAGAGGUUUCGCAGGUAGGGACUCGGUCAAACUUCCGAUGUUCGAUCUUUUCUUGCUAGGUUGCGCUCCAGAUGGACACAUUGCCUCGCUGUUCCCCAAUUUCCAAGAAAACUUGCGUGAGAAACUCGCAUGGGUCGUCCCCGUGGAAAAGGCCCCCAGUGGGCCUAGCGAAAGGAUAUCCUUGACUAUCCCGGUCAUCUGCCACUCGCACAGGGUCAUCUUCGUGGUGGAAGGUGCCACGAAGGCCCCGAUCAUCAAGAUGAUCAUGGAGAGACCAGAGAAGGGACUUCCAAGCAGUAUCGUCAACGAAGGCGCUGCAGGGCGUGUGUCCUGGUUUGUGGACGACGACGCACUAACUGACGUCUUUGUCACAAAAAAGAAGUACAAGUUCCAUCAACAAUUGGAGUUCAAUGAACCGUUUAGCACCUAG